UCAUUAUGAAGAGAGAUCUGGUUUUCUUGGUGACUCUAAUUAGCCUUGCCUUCCUGUCACUGCUAAGGUCUGGAUAUCCUCAACAUAUUGCAGAGGAGUCCUGCUCUGUUCAAAUUCUUGUUCCAGGCCUCAAAGGGGAGGCUGGAGAAAAGGGGGAGAAAGGUGCUCCAGGUCGUCCAGGCAGAGUUGGGCCUCCAGGAGAAAAAGGAGAAAUGGGGGACAAAGGACAGAAAGGCAGCAUGGGACGGCAUGGAAAAAUUGGUCCUAUUGGUUCAAAAGGUGAAAAAGGAGACAAUGGUGACUUAGGACCACCGGGUCCUAAUGGUGACCCAGGCAUUCCCUGUGAGUGCAGCCAGCUAAGGAAGGCUAUCGGUGAAAUGGAUAUCCAAGUGGCCCAGCUGACAACAGAACUAAAAUUCAUAAAAAAUGCUGUUGCUGGUGUGCGUGAGACAGAUAAUAAGAUAUAUCUGCUGGUGAAGGAAGAGAAAAGAUACAAAGAAGCCCAGCUCUACUGCCACGGAAGAGGAGGGACGCUGAGCAUGCCCAAGGAUGAGACUGCCAACAAUCUGAUCGCCUCGUACAUCAACCAAGCCGGGCUCACCAGAGUUUUCAUUGGGAUUAACGACCUAGAGAAAGAGGGGAAUUUUGUCUAUUCUGACCGAUCACCCAUGCAGACCUUCAACAAAUGGCGCAGUGGGGAGCCCAACAAUGCUUAUGACGAGGAGGACUGUGUGGAGAUGGUGGCGUCUGGAGGGUGGAAUGAUGUUGCGUGUCAUAUUACCAUGUAUUUUGUGUGUGAAUUUGACAAAGAAAAUGUCUAAGCUUGUCUGCUCUUUCUUUAUUUUAAGAAAAGUUUUU